AUGCUAGAGUUACAAGCUGGUGGUGUAUGGGGCUAUGUAGAGUUACAAGCUGGUGGUGUAUGGGGCUAUGUAGAGUUACAAGCUGGUGGUGUAUGGGACUAUGUAGAGUUACAAGCUGGUGGUAUAUGGGGCUAUGUAGAGUUACAAGCUGGUGGUGUAUGGGGCUCUGUAGAGUUACAAGCUGGUGGUGUAUGGGGAUAUGUAGAGUUACAAGCUGGUGGUGUAUGGGGCUAUGUAGAGUUACAAGCUGGUGGUGUAUGGGGCUAUGUAGAGUUACAAUCUGGUGGUGUGCCUGACUACCGGCAUAGCAUGAGUCGCCGAAACAAGCAGACAAUAUUGGGUCAAAGAGCUAUCUUUGUAACAGUCCUUAUUUUAGGUCUAGUUGAGUUAGCUGCCGGACAGGCCUGUCUUCCAGUUGACUGCAUCACAUCCGAGUGGACAGAAUGGACAGAAUGCUCCCAGUCCUGCGGAGACUCUGGCCUCAGGGCGAGAACGAGGCAGAUUCUGGCAGCCGAGAAAUGCGGCGGUACCUGUAACGCCACCGUCUACGCCAGCGAGCCAUGCAAUCGAGUCUGCUGUCCGAAGAAUUGCGUGUACACCCAGUGGACAACCUGGGGUUCCUGUCGGUGUGCGGAUUCCGACUGUGACGCCCCUGGAUGGUGGUCAGUGUGUUUCAGAUGGAGAGACAUGAUCAACGCGUCUGCAUGUGGGGGUUAUUGUGAUUUUAUCACAUACGAGUACCAAUGUGGAAACCCGUGUUGCUACAAGGAUUGCGUUAUGGGAAGCUGGGGAGCCUGGGAAGCGUGUGAUGCUCGGUGUGAAUCUGACGGCCUCAAAGUGCGAAAUCGUUUGGUCAUUCAGGAGCCAGAUUGUGGCGGGAAAAGAUGCGACUACGAGUCCGAGACUACCACGUGUAAGGGCCCGUGUUGCCCUCAAGAUUGUGUUCUGGGCACCUGGAGUGACUGGUCUGACUGUUCCACUAUCUGUGGUACAGGAGUCAAGACCCGAACCCGCUACAUCAAAUACCCCGUGUGUGGAGGAGCCAACUGCACAGAGCUGAAUGACAAACAGAACCAGACAUGCGAGAACUACAUCAAUGUGGAUUGUCUAAUGGGUGCGUGGUCAGACUGGACAGAUUGCAAACUAAACAACGGACAAUGUGGCCAGGGUUCCAAAACCAGACAAAGGUCAAUUUUAAUCAACUCUAAAUGCCAGGGGGUGCCGUGUGGGAACACGACAGAGACAAGCAUUUGUUAUGGCCCUUGUUGUAGAGCUGACUGUAGCGUUGGCGAGUGGUCAGCCUUCGGUUUCUGUUCUACGGAUUGUGGCACUGGACGGAGCAACCGCACGAGAAACAUCCUGGUAUCCCCUGACUGUGGAGGAACACCUUGUCCUGAUGUUAUAGAGUUCAAAGACUGCACCGUACAAAACACAACAGACUGUAAAUUCACUGAGUGGUCACCAUGGUCCAGCUGUAGCACGGACUGUGGUGUUGGUAAAUCUGUUAGGUCAAGGACGCUACUGACCCCAGCCUACUGUGGAGGUCACUGUCUGGACGCGACUCUUGCAGAAGAAAAAGUCUGCAACUCUACCGCAGCAAGAAAAGAUUGUCAAGUGAGCGAGUGGAGUAGUUGGAGCACGUGCGUACGUGACUGUGAGCGUGGCGUCCAGAGAUCAACCCGGAACAUCACAGUACAAGAUGCGUGUGGUGGGAUACCAUGUUCAGGACCAUCAUACAAUUUGACGCGAACACAAACCUGCCAUGAAAAAUGCACCCAGCUCUGUAACCAAGGAGUUUGUAGCUGUUACCCUGGUUACAACCUGGCCACUAACGGAUACAACUGCACGAGAAAAAACUGCAGCAGUGCUCCAUCCAUAGCAUCUUGUGGCGCUGGCACAACGGUUCCGGUAUCUUGCAGGGGCGUCUCUUUCAGCUCUUGCUCGGUCACAAAUUCCACCUCGUUUGGUGACAGAUGCUACAGUUCCUGCUCAUCAGCAGGGUGGGUUGUCAAAGGAGAUCCAAAGUUUAUAGAAUGUCAGCAGGAUGGAACCUGGACAGCUCCUAAGAUCUUUUGUGGGCCUGCUAAUAAAGCACCUAUUAAUAUAAGCCUGAACAGCACAGAUGUGUCAGAACUUUUACUUCCUGGCCAGUGUUUUGGUAAACUGACAACUACCUCAGAUAAUGAAGCCUGGGACAAACACACAUACUCUGUAGUGGCUGAUCCUGCUGGGGUUUUAAAAGUCAACAAUGACACGCUCUGUGUAAAGACCAAGUUGGAUUAUGAAACUUCACAAUAUAGACAAUGGUCAGCAACAAUACAAACAACAGAUUUAGAUGGACUUUACCUGGAUAAAGCUUUUAACUUUACACUUCUCAAUAUGAAUGACCCUCCCAGAUCAGCCGUAUUGUCUCCAAAUAGCAUCCCUGAAAACAGUCCGAAGGGAACAUUUAUAGGAUGCUUUACUCUAUUUGAUGAUGAUGUGGGGCAAAAUUUAACAGUUUUUUUGCUUACAAAUAAGAAACUACUAGAGUUGUACAGAAAUCAGUCACAAUACUGCAUAAAGGUUUUAGCCGAGUCAAGUCCAAACUGUUCGGUUCAGGGUGGUAAAUUAUGUGCUAUAAACUAUGAGGUUCAGAGUCAGAUUUAUUUUGCCAUAAUGGUACAAGAUGAUGGUAAACCAUCAGCGUUCACCUACUUUGACAUAGCUUUGAAUGUCAUUGAUGUCAACGAGCCAAUUACUGGCAUAAAUGCCACAUCAGAAUACUUACCAGAAAAUGUUGACCCAGGCAAGCCGUUGGUUGAUCUGAUUGGCAUUGAUGAAGAUAAAAAUGCAGUGACAAAAUUUGAAAUCCUGGAUGAUCCGUCUGGUUUUUUCCGCAUAAAUAAUAAGUCUCUAGUGUCAAAUGUAGUGCUGGAUUAUGAAAAAAAUACUACAGUGAAAUAUAGUAUUUUAUUCAGAGGAACUGAUAUGAUAGCACCAACAUCUGCUGUGGAUGUGACCCUAAACUUCAGGGUAGCUGAUAUCAAUGAAUUUCCAAAUAGCCUGCAACUAACAUCAGCUAAUUCUUUACUGGCAUACCCAACAAACCAACCCCAAGUUAAGGAAAACAUACCAGCUGUUGUUGUGGGCACUUUGUCUGCUAUUGAUCCAGAUUAUGGGGACUCUUUGACAUUUUCUGUAAAUAAUGAUAAACUGAGGAUCAUCAAUACAAAAUGUACAAGUAUACCACCAUACCAGUACAACUAUUGCACUGCAAGUUUAGUCAAUUUUGGUGGCUUCAACUAUGAGGAGGCACCUUUUGUUGUGAUUAAAAUAACAGCCCAGGAUAAAAGUCUUCAUCAAGCGCAACUGAAUGUCAACAUUACAAUACUUGACAUGGAUGAUACACCAACUGAUAUUUUGGUCAAUGGAGACAAAACAAAUGUAAUCAAUGUCCCAGAGAACAGCAAAAACUCUUUAGUAGCAGAUCUCAAAACUGUUGAUGAAGAUUUCCUAGACAAACAAGUUUAUUUCCUCUCUGGUUCUGCUUCAAGUCAGUUCAAAAUUAUUAACAGCUCACUCUAUACAACAGAUGCUUCAAAUGUGAACUAUGAAACAUCUGAGCUUCUCCUGUUGACUAUCACAUCAGUGACAGCUGGUCAGUCAAGUAGUUCUGUGGCUAAGACAUUUACUGUAAAUAUAACAGAUGUCAAUGAAGCACCUACAAACAUAGUUUUCUCAAGUACUACUGUACCUGAAAACAGCCCAGAUGGAACAUUGGUAUCAACGCUUUCAACAGAUGAUCCCGAUAAUGUAAACGAUAAAGGUCAUCAAGAGUUUACGUAUGAGUUGUUAGAUAAUGCUCAGUCAAGAUUUGCCAUCAAAGGCAGUGGACUUGUUGUCAAAACCUCCACACAAUUGUGUGGACAAACUAUCUGUAGCUUGGAUUAUGAACUUCAAAAGGAUCUUCUAAUAGUUGUGAAGGUGACAGAUAAUGGAUCACCACCACUGAGCAUGAAUGUUUCAAAGAUUAUAUCACUCACAGAUGUCAAUGAUGCACCUUACAAUAUUCAACUUAAUACUUAUCAGAUUUAUGAAAAUAAGCCCAAAGGAACUAUAAUUGGGACAUUUUCUGCAUCUGACCAAGACAAGAACAGUGUACUGACCUUCACCUUGCUGAACCAAACCCAAACAUUUUCUGUAGAGAACUCUAUUCAGCUGGUCCAGUUGUCCAGUCUGGACUAUGAAGCACAAAAGGUUUAUUACAUACAGGUUCAGGUCACAGACAAUGGCAAUCCUGUUGCUUCUGCUGUUGAUACAGAAAUAAUACAAGUUUUAAAUGUAAAUGAAGCUCCAAGUUUCUUUGGACCAGCAUCUCUGUCUGUUGAUGAGAAUAUGGCAAUGGGAACUGUUGUGGGAAUUAUCACUAUCCUUGAUCCUGACAAUGAUGAUUCUGUUGAGAUAACUCUAAAAGAUUACACAAGUAUUUUCCUAAUAGGAAAUAAACAAACUUCAACCAAGGAAGGGGGUGGAACUUUGGUUACCUGUAGUUUAACCACUGGUGAAAUUCUUGAUUAUGAAAUUAAAUCAGAGUACAGUGUUGGUAUAAACUUUGUUGAUAAGCAGGGCUUACAGAAUGUUUAUGUGUUAAAAAUCCUUGUCAAAGAUACAAAUGAUGAACCACGGGAUAUUCUUUUUAAUAAAAUGGCAACAUGGCAAUUGUUCAUUCAAGAAAAUGAAAUAGCAACAUUAGCUGUGAUGUCCACCUUAGAUCAAGAUGCAUCUCAAUCUUAUUUUUAUACAAUAGUUAGUCAGCCCAAUGACAAUUUCUUCAUAUCUGGGAGUGAUUUGAUGGUGAAAACACCACUUGAUUAUGAAAAAAGUCAGUCAGUUGUCAUCACACUGGAAGUAUCUGAUAGUGGGAUUCCACCUAAAAAAUUACGCAAAUCCAUUACAGUAAAUGUGGUCAAUGUGAAUGAACCACCAUCAGUAUUAAUGCUAUCAAACAACCAGAUAUUAGAAAACAGUCUGAAUGCUACAACAGUGGGAAUGCUUCAGGCCACAGACCCAGAUAGCACCAAUUUUGUGUUUACUUUGAUAGACAAUGCUGCAGGCAAGUUUGCCAUACUGGGAGAUACACUUAUUGUACUAGCCUCCAGCCAAUGCGCGACACAAGAUAAAGCAUGCUCAUUAAAUUUUGAGCAAACUAGUACCUAUACUGUCAGUGUUAUGGUCACUGAUAAUGGGUUUCCUAAUGCAAGUGCUACUUUUGAUCAAAAGAUUCAAGUACUAGAUGCUAAUGAUAGCCCUUACAAUUUAAUUCUAAGUGAUAACAGAGUAGAAGAUCUAAGUAAAAAAGAUACUCUAAUAGGAAAUUUGUCAGUCAGUGAUGAAGACAAAAUGCAGCUACACAUAUUUACACUUAAGGACUAUACAGAAGGAUUGUUUAUCAUAAAAAACCAAAGUCUGUAUAAAGCUAGUGACGAUCGCCUUAAUCUCAACAAUGUUUAUUCAUUGACAGUUGUGGCACAAGACAAUGGAAACCCAGUUAAAUCUGUGGAGCAAACUUUUUAUUUAAGCAUUAUUGGUGUAAGUGAAGCCCCACAGAAUCUGACGGCAACAGCACAGGGUAAAGCCAUUCAAACUGAUCCUUCCACUAUCAGCAUUCCUGAAAACUAUCUUGUGAAUAGUUCUAUUGCCAACAUUCAAGCAGUAGAUAAUGAUUUGGAUCAGCUCAUUGUUUUUUCAUUACUUGUUGAUGAAAGUGGUCAGUUCAUCAUUUCCAAAGAUGCAGUCUGUAAUAAGACAGCAGUUGUUGUCUGCAGCACAAUUUUAUGGUUGGCCAAGAGUGUGAAUUAUGAGAAAAAAGACAAAUAUUUAAUUAUUUUAGCUGCAACAGAUUCAUUAAGCCUGCGAUCAACUAAAACACUCAUCAUUCAAAUUACUGAUGUUUCUGAGCCUCCAACUGACAUAGUAUUUAAUGGUCCAUCCUUGUCAAUACCUGAAAAUACAGAAAAUUUUGUUGUGGGAACUUUCUCAGCAAUCGAUGAAGAUAGAACAAAUUCACAUUCGUUUACUUUAAUGAACAAUGAUAAAGUCUUCAGCAUAUCAGAUGGUGGUAAAUUGUCUGUUGUAAAAGGGGCUUUAGUUGAUUAUGAAGCCACAAGUGUAUACAACAUAGCUGUCAGAGUAACUGAUGCCAGUCCAGCACCAAAUAACUUUUUUGAAAAAGUUUUCACUAUACAAGUUCAGAAUAUUAAUGAAAAGCCAACAAGUUUACAACUUAGUAAUAACACAAUACCAGAAGGAAGUGGAUCAUCUACACCAGUAGGAAAUCUGUUAGCAGAUGACCCUGACAACAAGAAUUUAAAUGAAGCUUCAAGCUCAAGACAAACAUUUGUUUACCAGUUACUUGAUGAUGCAGAUGGAAGAUUUGAACUGUACCAAUCUACUAUUAAGCUCACACAAAAGGGAGCACAGUGCACUGCUCAGUGGUGUGGUCUGGACUUUGAGACACAGAAAUAUCAUGUGAUUCUUGUACAAGUUACAGAUUCAGGCACACCAAGCCUCUCGGCCUCCUUCUCAACCACCAUCCAAGUUUUAGAUGCCAAUGACCCUCCUGUGUUGUCAGACAUGUCUGUCACACAGCUGAAGGAGAAUAUGACAGUUGGAGAUGUUGUAGCUAAGUUGAUUGCUACAGAUCAAGAUGCUGGGCAAAAUCUUACUUUUUCUAUUGAAAAUGAAGGAACUGGAAACUUUAAAAUAGACCAAAAUGCAAGACUUGUUUUGGCUAAGUCCUUAGAUUUUGAGAGUAGUCCAGUUGCCUCAGUUCAAGUUACUGUCACAGACUCAGGUUCCCCUCCAGCAUCUGUGACGAGUGUUUACCAGUUUGAAGUUAUAAAUGUUGGUGAGGCUCCAAGCUCUAUUGUUUUAGAAAGUAUUAAAGGAAAUCAAACACCCAGCUUUGUAGUGAACUAUCCAGUUAUAGGUGAAACUACAAAACCUGGCUCCACCAUAGGUCAGAUUGUCAUUUUAGACCCAGACUAUGAUGAGGAUAUCCUGCCUGUUACUUCUGUUGAUACAAUAGUAAUAAAUAAACCUGCUUGUCUGACCAUUAAUAAGCAAGGGAGUCGUUGUGCAGCCAGCGUUUUGCUCUCCAAACAAUUGGACUAUGAAGUACAGAGCAGUUUUAAUUUUUCUGUAUCAGUGAUUGACAAAUAUGGACUUACCCUAAAUAAAAGUUUCCUCUUUCAAGUUAAAGAUGAAAAUGAUCAACCUCAGGCUAUUUUACUUGACAAUAAAAAUGUCGAUACCAUCCAAGUAAAGGAAAAUUCAAAUGGAGCAAACAUUUCAACCUUGAGCACCAUAGACCCUGAUGUUAAUCAAACCUUUGUGUACUAUCUUUCAGGCAGUCCUCAGUUUUAUAUUGUCAAAAACAUUUUAAAGGCCUCUGCCACUGCCAAUCUGGAUUACGAAUCUACAAAAGUCAUAUCAAUAAAGUUAAAAGUAACAGAUAGUGGACAGCCCCCUCUCUCAUUUGAAAAAGAUGUAACAAUUCAGGUGUUGGAUGUGAAUGAGGCUCCAUCAGCCUUAACUUUGUCAAGAAACUUGGUAUCUGAAGAUGCAGUAGUUGGUGUAGAAAUUGGCAGCUUUAUCACCACAGACCCAGAUAACAAAGGAGAAAUGAGACAAAAAUUCACAUAUGAGCUGGUAGACAAUGGAAAUGGCAUCUUUGGAAUCUCUAAUGGGUCACUGGUUGUCAAGGAUGCUAAACUAGACUAUGAAGUGAAAGCCUCUUACAUAAUCAAGGUGAAGGUGACUGACAAUGGCAGCCCCCCUCUCUCAGCACAGUUUGAUACAGAGGUACAGGUGAUGGAUACUAAUGAUGCUCCCACUAACCUGCAACUUUCAGCAAUGACAGUAUCAGAAGCUGCACCAUUAUACACAGCUAUUGGAACAUUAUCAGCACAAGACUCAGAUGUUGGUCAAACUCUCAGCUUCACUCUAAGCAAUGGAUCAGAUUAUUUUACAAUUAUAGGCAAUAAGUUAUCAGUUGGUGGAGGCCUAGAUUUUGAGACAGCUCCAAAAGUCAAUGUCACAGUUACUGUUACAGACAACGGCACUCCAGCCAAGAAGGCUGUGAAAACCUUUACAAUUACUGUAACAGAUUCUAAUGAACCUCCAAGUCUGCUUAGUUACACACCAGUAUUGUCCAGCCAGUUUGUGAUAGUUGAAAAUAUAACACUAAACACCGUGAUUGGGUUUGUACAAACUGUGGACCCUGACAACAAUGAUAGAACUACUUUUGAACUAACCUCAGCCACAGCAACAAACUUUAAACUGGAUUCAAUAGGUGCAUUAUGUGCACUUAAAGUUGUCAACUCUUCCGUAUCAGCAUCUACAGUCUGCACUCAGAAUGUUCUCAUUUCAAAAGCUGUGAAGUAUGUAGCAGAUUCCCCACCAUUAGUUUUAGAAGUGUCAGCUAAAGACAAAGGUCAACUUUAUAUCAACAAUAAAUGGAUGUUUACUGUCAAUGACACAAAUGAUGCACCAUAUAACAUCACAAUUGCUAAUGAAAGGCUGGAAGUUCCAGAAAAUGUUGCUACUUUCAUUCUUGGAACUUUGGACUGUGCUGACCCAGAUGUUGGUCAAAAUCAUGCUUUCCUGCUUCUUACAUGCUGGGACACAUUCAAAGUAGAUAAAGGCUCAUUACUGGCUAUCAAUAAGUCACUAGAUUUUGAGAAGCAGUCAGUUUACACAGUGGCAAUCAAAUGUGUGGAUGAUGGUGAACCAGCUGCAAGUUUUACCAAGAAUUUUACUGUGACUGUUACAGACAUCAAUGAAGCUCCCUCAGAUAUUACAUUAUCCAACAGUGAAGUUUCAAUGACAGCAAAAGAUGGAGAAACUGUAGCAUUGAUCACAGUGUUGGACCCAGACAAUGAUGGUGCAAACACCCAGAAACAGACUCACACAUGCGCUGUCAUUAAAGAUGAAACUGGAAGCUUUAAAAUUGGCCAAGAUGGAAAAACAUUACAAAUUAUCAAAGUGCCCACAAAUAAAACAUCAGUAAAAAUCUCACUAAAUUGUUCAGACAGUGGACAGCCAAGCCUGUUCUUUGUGAAAGAUUUUGAUAUCUUCAUAGUGGCAUCUGCAAAUGUUCCUAAAGCUGUUGUACUCAGUGAUCAAAACCCUGUAACAGAGAAUUCCGUUAAUGUUACAGUUGGAAAGUUGGCAGUCAUCAACACAUUAACACAAACUGAACUUCAAGGAACCAUCAACUCUGUAAACAUCAGUAUAACAGAGAAUAAAACCAAGAUAUUCAAAGUAGAAAAUGGAGCCUUGAUUCUUGACGUUCCUGUGGAUUUUGAAAAAAAUCCAGUGCUUACAAUCAAUGUAACAGUUUCUUGGACCAAUUUCAACAAUACAUUAUUUAAUAUAAGCGGAAGUUUUAAGAUAAUUAUUGUGGAUGUUAAUGAGCCACCCCAGCAGAUCAACAUCUAUGGUGGAGGACAAGUGGCAGAAAAUUCUGCUCCAGGAACUAUCAUAGGAGACUUAAACACAGUGGAUCCAGAGCCUUAUCAGACUUACACGUACACUCUCAUGUCUGUUGCUGCUGGUCUUGACAGUGCACAAAGUCAACCUGAACUUCUAAAUACAUUUAUGAUCAAUGGACGCACUUUAAAAGUUGGACCAAACAAUACAGCUCUUGACUAUGAGGCCACUUCAAUUUUGACCCUGGUAAUUCAAACAAUGGAUUCUGGAACUCCCCGUCUAGGCCUGAACUACACCAUCAGAACAAUUGUGACAGAUGUCAAUGAACCUCCUACAGAUGUCAGCCUUAGCAAUAAUUUGAUACCAGAAAAUGCUAGCAUGGAAGCUUUGGUUGGAGUUUUAAACGUCGUUGAUCAAGAUAAACUUCAAAACCAUUCUUGCAUUGUUAACAAUUUACUGGAUGUACCAUUUAAAGUGAAGGAUGCACUAAAGCUUGUUGUUUCCAAUGAAGAAUUAGAUUAUGAAAAUCAAAAAGCAUACUUUGUUAAUGUAACAUGCCAGGAUGAGGGUAAAGAUGGAACCCAUCUACAAAUUUCUAAAAUGUUAUUGGUGAAUGUGACAGGUGUAAAUGAACCUCCAUAUAACCUUUCACUGUCCAGAAGUGAUGUUGAUGAGAACAAUGUUGUUGGACAACCACUCGCUGAAAUAUUAUAUUUAGACCCUGACAGUGAGAAGGUCUUUCUCACAAUAGAAGGCAGUUCAUCUGAUUUUAGUAUUCAAGGAGACAGAUCACUCACUGCACUUGUUGUCUUUGAUUUUGAAAAGAAAUCUGCAUAUUCAGUCACCAUAAGAGCAACAGAUGGGAGUGGUUUGUUUACAGUAGCAAAUUUCACAUUUUUGGUGAAUGAUAUAAAUGAGCAGCCAACCAAUGUAAGUUUGACUAAUGAUGUAACAUCAGAAAAUGUCAAGACAGGUAGUAAAAUUGCCACCAUCAAAACACAAGACCCUGACCGAGGUCAAACAUUCAAGUACACCCUUCUUCGAUCUCCUCCAGCUGCAGAUCAUUUUGUUGUUGUUGAUGACUCACUACUUGUGGGGGAACUUACCCUCAACUAUGAAGAGGCUACCAGCUACAAGAUUAAUAUUACAAGUACUGACAGUGGCAGCCCUACACAGUCUCUUACUCAAGAAUUUGAAAUCAGGAUCACAAAUGCUAAUGACCCACCAACACAGAUUGUGCUGCAUGAGCCACUGAUCGUUACAGAGAACUCUCCAUUGUCCACUGUGGUAUCAGAUAUUUUUGUGGUAGAUGAGGAUAAAAACCAGACUCAUGCAUGUGAAAUAGUAGAGCCAAAAAUACCAUUUGCAUGUAGUUUUACAUCCAACAACACUAUACAACUUGUUGUAAGUGAUGUCAUUGAUUUUGAAGAUCAUUCAAGUUAUCAGUUCACAAUCAAAUGUUCAGAUGGACAGUAUUCUAUUGAUCAAUUGGUGAAUGUUGCAGUUCAAAAUGUGAAUGAACCACCGACCUCAUUAAUUCUAAGUGGACCUCCAUAUUUGCCAGCAGAUUGUGACAUACCUUAUGAAGUGGAAGUCUUACAAGUAACAGAUGACGAUAAAGGUCAAAAUCAUACGUUUGCUACCAAUGGACCCAACUCAGAUUUGUUGAAGAUCCGAAGCAUUAACCAUCUUGUUCUUGUCAAAGCAAUACCAUUAACCUUACUUGAGCAACCAAACCCCACCCUAACCAUCACUGUAAAUGUUUCUGAUAACGGUCAGCCAGCUUUGACCUAUGAGCAGAACAUAACGUUCGCUAUAACAGACAUUGACAUCCAGGAAUUUAAAGUGCCAGAAAUUACCAUCAGCAAUUCUGUGGUUCCAGAGAAUGCUACAGAGGGGUAUGUAGUGGGAGUGAUCUAUGACCUCAACACAACAAUUAGUGCCUCAGUUACUUUCAACAUAACAAGUGAUAAUAGCUCAAUGUUUGCUAUAAAGAAUAAUAAGGAGUUGGUACUCACUAGGAAUAUCAGCACUUUUUAUGGAAAUUCUGCACAAGUGGUCAUAGAAGCUACAAAUAGACAAACAUCGGUAACAAAGUCAAGAACUAUAACUAUUGUUAUCUCAAGGUCAGAUAAUUGUUAUGAUAAUGGGAAGACCUGUCAUGAAGCUGCCAGAUGCACUCAGAUGAGUGGCACUACUUACAAAUGUAUCUGUAGUGAUGACUUUGAAGGAGAUGGCUUUACAUGUCAACAAAUUGACCACUGUAAACUUCAAACCAUUGGGGAACAGUGUGUACAUGGGGUGUGUAAAGAUGGAAUCAAUUCUUUUCAGUGUUUGUGUAAUGAGGGCUACACAGGAAAAUUAUGUGAAGUUUCUCCAACUGAAGAAGAUCCUUGUCAAAAUAAUUCUUGUAGAAACAAUGCUGCUUGCAAGCCAACCAAUGACAAGAAAGAUUACAUCUGUGUCUGUGGUCCUGGUUGGACAGGAAAAUUGUGUGACUCCAAUAUUGAAGACUGUACACCAACAUCCUGCCCAGGAAUAGAAACAUGUGUUGAUGGCAUCAUGUCCUUUUCUUGUAAAUGUCCAGCUGAUAGAAUAGGCCACCAGUGCGAAUUUUUUGUUGAUUCUUGCCAAGUUGGCAGCUGUUCUGCUGCUGAAAUUUGUGUACCAAAACUCAAUGUUAAGGACAGGAUUUGUACAUCAGGUGAUAAAGUAUAUAAACAGAAGCUGGACUGUUCCAAUAAAAAUGAUACAGAGCAAUGUAAGAACCAGUUCAUCACAUUUGUUCAAGAAAACGGACAUUUCCCUUCAAAAUCCUCCAACAUUUCAACCACCAGAACCAAACGAGAAGUUGUUCAUGUGGAUUUACUUGAUGACUUCACAUCACAUUUCUAUCCAAACUCACGGGUCAAGCGUGAAACAAGUGUCCAAAGUAAGGUCAUAAUGUAUGUGCUGGACUACACUAAAGCUGGAGAAAAUAUUAUUUUGGUCAGAUUUGUCGUGAUGGACAUCAACUAUAAUCCAUAUACACAAGUGGACAUUCUUGUAGCUUUAGCUUCUACUUGUUCAUCUAUUGUUAGCAAUGAUCAGACAGAAACAGCUUUUUGCCCAUCUAUACUUGAAACCUACAAUGAAUACUACACACCUAAGCCAACCACACAGCUAUCAACAAGCCAGAUGUCAGCUGUGGUGACCACCACUUCUUCACCAGUGUCAAAGGCCACCACAGUUACUACUUCUAAAGUCAAAGCUACUCCAAACAAUAUUGCUUCAAGGUUGUCGCUCAUAGACAGUUUUCUUCUUGUUUUUCUGAUUUUCAUACAAAUACAUAUCCAGAAUAAUUUUCCCUGAAUUACCAUGAUGGCAAGUUAAAAUUUGUAAUAAGUUAUCAAGAAGAUGGCAAAUUAUUUAGUACAUUUUAAAAUUAACAAUCCAAUUUUUAUUAUAAAACAAUUUUGGCAUAAUAAUUAAAUCUUCAGUGCUCUUUCUUGCCAAUGUCAAAUUUAUUAAGACAUUUUUUUAUUAUGGUUCAUUAUAAAAAAUAUUUAUUAAAAAGAUAUUUAAUUAUUUUUGCUUUGAGCUUCUUUUUUUUCCAUAUCUCCAUGAAACUGCAUGCUCAUUUGUUGUUUGUUUUUUUGGAAUUUUUGUUGAAGAUGUUGCAUUUGUUCCUAAGAUAUAAAAUAUGCUGCAUAUUUUCAUUUUUAGCAUUUAGAUUCUAUUUUUUUUUAUUAAUUUUGAUUCUUUGAACUAAUUUUUAAAGGUUAUGAAAUUUUGGUAUUGUCAAUUUUCCAAAUUAUAAUAAUUUUUUUUUUAGAUUUGUAAUUAAUUUUUUAAAAUAUA